CAACUGCGUAGCAGUGAUGAGACAGUCGCUAGUCGGCGCCUCCGGAGAGUAUGAGAGAGCACGUGGUCGCCGCUAGCCAAAGCCAUGAGGAACGGCAACUGGUCCGUGUGUAAGGACUACAUCAUCAAUGAUAAAAUGAAUGCUAAGGUUUGGGAUUUGUUCUACGAGAGUGACAAGGUGAGAGGAAUGCUGGACCCGUCUCAUCAAAGAAGAAUCCCUGCGCACUUUACCUAUUCACCUACUCUCACGUGUACGCGUCAAUCUCCAUGCCCACUCUCUCGGAGAUGUUCCAGAUGGAGAAGUCCAGUGUUCAUUCCAUCAUCAGUAAAAUGAUAAUCAAUGAGGAGUUGAUGGCUUCUCUAGACGACCCGACCCAAACAGUGGUGAUGCAUCGCAGUGAACCCAGUCGCCUGCAGUCCCUGGCCUUACAGCUGGCCGACAAGGUCAACAACCUCGUGGAGUCCAACGAGAGAAUAUUCGAGAUGAAGCAAGGAAAACUUCUUCCUGCGUGGUGGAAACCAAGGACAGUUCCGACAGAACUACAACCGACCCGGCCAAGAUUGGGGUCGACAGAGGCGUGA